UUUUCUUUUAUUCAAUUUGCUUUAGAAAAGAGGGGGGAAAAAAGGCUGGUAAGAGUUCAAGUUUUCUCCACCAUGAAUCUCCUGCGCCUCACCACAUUUUUAAUUCUAAUUUCAUCAGUGCUCUGUGGUGUCAAAGACAUAAUUGAGCAUUUUCACAAGGGUUCCUCAAUCCUGGGUCCCAGGGGGAGCCAAAGUGAAGUUACCCAAAAUCUGCAGGAAGAUACUGUCACGAACGAUCUGAUUCCAGAAGGAGAAGAAGAUGAAGAUUAUCUGGACUUUGAGAAAAUUUUUGAAAAUGAUUAUGAUAUUGAUAUAAUUGACGCAACUGAAACCAAGGGUUCAGAAACAGAACAAGGAAAUCUUUACGAGUUGUUCCACGGGAAAACCAGGGUUCAGAGGCUCAAUAUUAUCAAUUCAAACUUUGGUUUUAAUCUUUACCGAGCCAUUAAGGAUACAACCAACUCAUCAGAAAACAUCCUGCUUGCACCAGUUGGUGUCUCCAUUGCGAUGGCCACAGUAUCACUUGGUACAAAAGACGAGACACUGAACCAAGUUUUAUCUACUUUGGGCUUCAAAGACUUCAUCAACGCCAGUUCAAAGUAUGAGACUGCCACCAUACACAAUGUUUUCCGUAAGCUCACUCAUAGAUUAUUUCGCAGAAAUUUUGGCUUUACACUGAGAUCAGUUAAUGACCUCUAUAUCCAGAAGGAUUUCUCCAUCCGAGAAGAAUUCAAGAACAACAUGAAAGAUUUUUACUUUGCAGAGGCUCAGAGUGCUGAUUUUGGAGACAAAAUGUUCAUAACCAACGCAAAUCAACGUAUCAGUAAGCUCACUAAAGGUCUAGUAAAAGAAGCUAUAGCCAAUGUGGAUUCAUCUCUUCUAAUGCUGCUAGUUAACUGCAUAUACUUUAAAGGCACCUGGGAAAACAAGUUUCCUGUUAUGUCCACACAUAAUGUUAAUUUCCGUCUGAAUGAGAAGGAGGUGGUGAAGGUACCAAUGAUGAAAACCAAAGGAAACUUUCUCGUGGCCGUUGACCGUGAUCUGGACUGUGAGGUCUUGCAGAUGCCCUAUGUGGGGAACAUUAGCAUGCUGAUUGUCCUGCCACACAAGCUCUCUGGCAUGAAAAACCUGGAGAAGCAACUCACCCCACAGGUGGUGGAAAGAUGGCAGAAGAUUAUGAUGAACAGGACCAGAGAGGUUUAUUUACCUCGUUUUAAGCUGGACAAGAACUAUAAUUUAAGAGAUGUCCUUAGCAACAUGGGACUAAAAGAUCUUUUCACUCAUGGAGACUUAUCUGGCAUUUCAGAGGAUGACGUCAAUAUUGGAAGGUUCCAACACCAAGGCACGAUCACAGUAAAUGAAGAGGGAACACAGGCGGCUGCAGUCACCACACUAUUGUUCAUGCCACUGUCCACACAGGCACGAUUCGUAGUGGACCGGCCUUUCUUGUUCCUCAUCUAUGAGCAUCGUACCAACUGUCUGAUUUUUAUGGGACGGGUUGCCAACCCCACUAAAUCCUAAAUUAAAUUCUCCAGUUGAGACUAGCAAUUUGUUUAAAAUGUUAGAUGUUUUACCCAGAACACAUUUAAUUAUAACUUGGACAUUUCUAUGUUAAUAUAUCAAACAUGGACAUCUUAAAAGUGCUGUACUGUCUUUUCAGAGAAGGGUAUGUGGUCAGAGGGCGUGAGUAAAUCUAAUGUUAAAAAAGGAAUUAAUUGUGUAAUUUAGACAAGAAAAGGCAUUCUAUUACUCCCAUCUGAUUUUCAAGCGGUGAAUUCAUAGAUUUGUUGUGGACACUGACAUAGCACCCCAGACAAUUGCCAUAGGCAAUCUUGCUGAUGCCUGAUGGAAAAGUAGAAUUUGGCAUCAUGCAUAUGCCUGGGUUGUGCAAGGUUGCUAAAUAUUUGCUUUUGUUCACAAGCAAUCCAUUAACUAGCAGACUAUACUACACAGGCAGUUACCGAGAGAUGUUCUACAAUUUUUCUUUCCUGUUAUACAUGAAUUAUUUUCUAACUCUUGCUUUUGUGAUGUUAAAGGAGGUCAAGGAAGUAGUAAUGAGAGUAUACUGUUAGCCCAGCAAAUAAAAGCAUUUGCAACUUGUGUUAUUUA